GCAUCUCAUUAGCGGGCGCUGGAUCGCUGGGCGCGGGCGGCGCGGCCAGAGCGAAGCAGGUGCCCGGACAUGGCGAGUCGGACCGAGCCCAGCGGCUGCUCCGGGCGCGGCGGCGGCGGCGGCGGCGCCCCCGGCAUCCUCCCGCUGCCGCUGCCGCUGCCGCUGCUGCUGCUCGCCGCCGCCGCGCUCAUCCCCAGAGGUGGUGGACAGAACUUGGUUACUGAAGAUGUGACGGUAGUGGAAGGAGAAGUUGCCACCAUCAGUUGUCGAGUCAAAAACAGUGAUGACUCAGUGAUUCAGCUACUGAAUCCCAAUAGACAGACCAUUUAUUUCAAAGACUUCAGGCCUUUGAAGGACAGCAGGUUUCAGUUAGUGAAUUUCUCUAACAGUGAACUCAGAGUGUCAUUGACAAAUGUCUCCAUUUCUGAUGAAGGAAGAUACUUCUGCCAACUCUACACCGAUCCCCCACAGGAAAUUUAUACCACUAUGACUGUGCUUGUCCCACCACGCAAUUUGAUGAUUGAUAUCCAGAAAGACAUCGCCACUGAAGGAGAGGAGAUAGAGUUGAACUGUACUGCCAUGGCCAGCAGACCAGCCACCACAAUCAGAUGGUUCAAAGGGAACAAGGAGCUACCGGGCAAAUCUGAAGUGGAGCAAUGGUCUGAUAUGUUCACUGUGACUAGUCAGCUUUUGCUGACCGUGGGACGUGAGGAUGAUGGGCUCCCUGUCAUCUGUCUGGUAGAUCACCCCGCUGUCAAAGACUUACAGACGCAGCGCUACCUAGAAGUAAUGUAUAAGCCUCAAGUGCGGGUUUUACAGAAUUACCCACUGCAAGGCCUAACAAGAGAAGGGGAGCCACUUGAACUGACAUGCACAGCUUUUGGAAAGCCACAGCCUACGGAAGUGAAAUGGUUAAGAGUAGAUGAUGAGAUGCCUCAACACGUUGUAGUGUCGGGUUCAAACCUUCUCAUUAAUAACCUAAACAAAACAGAUAAUGGUACAUACCGCUGUGAGGCUUCAAAUGCGGUGGGGAAAUCAUCUGCGGAUUACAUGCUGUUUGUAUACGAUCCCCCCACAACUAUCCCUCCUCCCACAACAACCACCACCACCACCACCCCUACCACCAUCACAGACACAACGGCGACGACAGAACCGGCAGUUCACGGCUUUACUCAGUUGCCAAAUUCCGCAGAGGAACUGGACUAUGGGGAUCUCUCAGAUUCUCGAGCAGGUGAUGAAGGGUCCAUAAGGGCUGUGGACCAUGCGGUGAUCGGCGGGGUCGUGGCCGUGGUGGUGUUCGCAAUGCUUUGCCUGCUCAUCAUUUUAGGGCGAUACUUUGCAAGACAUAAAGGUACAUACUUCACUCAUGAAGCCAAAGGAGCAGAUGAUGCAGCGGAUGCAGACACAGCUAUAAUCAAUGCAGAAGGAGGACAGAACAACUCUGAAGAAAAGAAAGAGUACUUCAUCUAGAUCAGCCUUGGUUUCAAUGAGGUGUCCAACCGUGGACAGUUACUGGCCCAAUUUAGAUGACAGAGACAGUGAUAUUGGAAGUUGCAACCAGCUUGUGUCUUUUUGUUUUUGUUUUUUGUUUUAAACGAAUGGAUGGAGAGAUGUCAGACUGGGGUCCGGGAUUGGUUGUGUAAAAAAUGUUAUUUGUAAAGUAUACUCUGCUGUUCGACACCUCAGUUUGGGUUUUAUUUUUUGGCCAAGUCCAGCUUGGAUUUAGUUUUGUUAAGUCAUUUGCAGAAAAUUCUGUGCCUUGUUUUAUUUUUGUUUUACUUUAUUUGGGGUGGGAGGAGCGGGUUGUGUGUGUAUGUUUUUUUUUUCUCCUUACCUUUCUGUUCUCUUUUGGAAUUGCCUGCUGGAACCCCUUGGAAUAGAUUUGAUUGUUUUUAGUGUGUUUGUUUCUUUUAACACCACUAUUUUUCUGUUCAAAAAUCAAUCUCAUCGGAGGAGAACCAGCACGCUUUAGAUUUCGUAGUUUGCAAUUCAGUGUAUCCAUAAUACAUUCUUCUCUGUUGUCUGAAAGGCUUGGAUGAAGAAGCUAUGAAAACUGUUUGCGGCUGCCCGUGUUUCAAAUGCUUUCUAGUGGUGGAGAGUAGAGAAUAGGCUGUGACUCAGAAAAUGCACUCCGUGGGCCACGGAGAGACAUUACUGCACAGGGUUAUCUGCAAGUGAGGUGUGUCACUGUGAGAUUGAAUUUGUCUUGAAUUCUGUGUUUGUAGACUGCUUAGUAGAGGUACCCCCAUGCUGUCUGGACAAGUUUGGGGCAUGAAGGAAUCCUCCUUGUUGUUGCCCUAAGCAGAACUGACAGAUGAAGGCUGUUCAUUUUAUGCAAGUGGACAAAUUUGAGUUGCCACAGGAGGGAAAGGGUGGGGGGGGAAGGUAGUUCUGCUCUGAUUAUUUCUGUUUCAAACAAUUCCAUCAAGCUUUCCCAAUCGGCCUUACUUCUGCCUAAUUUGCUGGAAAAAGAAAAGUCCUCAUGGUGCACAAAGUUUUCUAAAUGAGCAGAUUUUAUAUUAUUUUUCCUUCUUCUCUUUGUGCAAGUUAGGGAAGGCAGUGGGAUCUGUCCUGCAUGUACUGUAUAUUACAGAUAUUUGUCAUGCUGAGAGAUCCAUCCAGAGACUGUGUGAAACUUUAAUUCCUUAAGAUUUGGUUUGACAAAGCAAGAGGGACAGAAGAAGGGUCGCUAUUGUUUUCAUGCUGGUGUGCCCUGUUUCUCAGUUCUGCGAAGGUCAGAGCAGGUGGAAAUAGCAGCAUGUAGGCUUUUUCAGUCACUUAAUCAAAACUCAAAUGUUGUAUUUUUUUAUCUCUUUACCUUUCAUACACUAGGCCUUGGCCUCAUUCCUCAGCCUUAAGAACCAUCUGCCAACAAAUUACUGAUCCUUGCAUGAAUGCAGUCAUGGUGCACAGUUGCUAAAAAUAAGUUACCUUGAAAAUGUUUUAGAUCUGAAGCCUCGGGAGAAACUGGAUACGUGAAGUUGCCUUUUUUCUUUUGUUUUCUGAUAAAGGAAAUGUGGGGAUUUGCAUUAAAAAUUGCAAGGAAAACAGCUUAUAAAAUAUUUGGUGAAGAAAAAACAAUGUGAAUUAGAAUUAUGAUGGACCUACAGAUAACAGUCCACAAUGAGAAGAUAGCAUUAAAAAAUAUAUAUCUAUACUGAACUGUUCAAUGAAUAAUCUUGGAGUUUGAAAGAUGAAUUUUUAUUAUUAUUACAUUAUGUAGAAAACUUACACUGAUUUAUUUAAGGGGAAAAAUUUGCAUCUGUUACAACUUCUUGAGCUUUUAGGAAGCAUUUUUUAAGUUGUGGGUUUUGUUUAACUUUUUGGUAGAACCACUGCAACUCAAGCCUUUUGGGAAUGGGUUGGCAUGUAAAAGGGAAAAAAACAAAUCCAUUCUUGAGCAGUAUUUUGUCUUUUCCCCUCUCUCAGAAUCUACAAAAGGAAAGUAAUUUUGUCAAGUGCAGCUCCCUUCUGAGCCUUCAACACCAGCUGGGCCCAUAGCCAAACCACAGCCAAGGGCAAGAAGCAUUUAGCAUUUUAUUGGAAGGUUUUGGGGGGAGGCUUUUUUACACACUGAUCGCAGAAUUGGCAUUGUUUUUUUUUUUUGACCAGCCCAUCUUUCUGUUUUGGAAGUGUACAGUAGUGCGGUGUUACCAAUGUAACUUUGACUUACAAUGUUGACAUGUCUCAGGUUCAUGUGUUUUGAUUGGUGUUUUCUGUCUCAGGUAGAUUGCAAAAUUUUCGGCCCCACACAUUGGAAGAGAACUAAACAAAACCCCAGGAAAUUAUGGAUUUUAGUUGUAUAUUGGUUUAUGUAUUUUUUUCUUCAGUAUACAGUGAGCUGUUGAAAUGUAGUGUUGAGUAUUACUUUGUACAGGUUUAGAUCAUAAGGGUUUUUUUUAAGAGUGUAGAAAGAACAAACUUACUUUUUCUUUGAUGAAGGAUGUGUAACUGAUGGCAAAUAAGCUUGUUCUUUACUCACCUGUCUUUUUUAUUUUUUCACUCUUAGGCCAGUUCUGUUUUAAGAUGUCCAUGGACAAUGUUACAGUGUAAGAAAACACAUAUCCAUAUGUUCCCAUUCUCAUUUUGUAUUGGUUCAUGUAUAUCAUUUUUACAAACAGAGAAGUACUAUAAAAUAUCUGUCUUCUUAAUAAAAAAAAUUAAUGUUACAAAAUUAUUCUUUAAUCUCACUUUGCACUCUUUACCUCCACAGCCAUGGUGGCCAGUUGCAGUGAAGUCUAUUCUUGGCUCACCUAUAGUGAAAUUCCAAUUAAAAAAAUUAUUGUGGGUUUCCCCCAAGAUCUGUGGUAGCCUAGAAAUAAAUUUCCGUUCUUUAAUCUUCCCUCCCCAUCUUUUGACCUGUUUCUUUCUCCUUAUUCUGACUCACAAGUGGUUGUUAGGCAGCCAUCAUAAUCCAAACCAACACUGUUCUUUGGCCAAGGCAGCAGUGCUAGUUAGAGCCACAGCACCUUGGAAUAUUUAGGGCAUUUAGACAACAUGCCGAUUCAGGCAGAACAUGCUGCUGUUUUGUGGAUUUGUAUUUUUAAGUCCCUUCUGUGAUCACUGACCUACUUAUCUUGUAUUAUUUUGGAUACCUCGUGUAAAGAUGCCUUCAAUUUUCAUAAUUAAAUAUCCUUUUUUUAUUAACUUGUCACUAACAAUGGCCUGACAUAUUUUUCCCUGUUUGACUACGAUUAUGUUCUUUCAAAGGCAUGUACUAUGUCUGAGUUAGUCCCUUUUUAUUUCUGACCCCAUCUUGUGCAAAGUUGAAAAAUAUAGUGGUGGUUAGAUGUCACUCCUUUAUUUCCAGUGUGUUUGUAGGAGACAGUAUUACUUCUAACCCUGUAUUAGGGUCUGUCACACAAAGCCGGCUUGAGUAUUCUGAAGAACAAGGAAAACCUCUCUCAUUUUUGGAUGUACCAAACCAUGAUGGUUGCUCCUGAAACAAGAGAAUCUUUUUUAAAGCUUCUUCAGCUCCGAAUUAUUUCUGAACAUGUGCUGUCAACAUCGCUUUUUUUUAAAAAAGCUCUUUUGAAGGCUCCAGCCAUUCUUUCCCCAUAUUUGGCAGAAGGAUAAAAUGAAGCCAGCUCUUUGGGGAAGGGAAGUUUAGUCUUCACUAUUGCUUUGGCUGAUAAGUUUUCCCAGUAUGUUGGUUAGGGCCCUAAGGUGACACACAGGUUCUAAUUGGUGCCGUCUUUCAGUGCCUUCUGCAAGUUUGGAAAGAGAAAUCUUGUUCUGGAGAAGAGAUCAUUUCCUUGGAGAGAGGUUUUUCUGAUGCUUUCUUUCAGAAUGCUAUAUCCACAACAGUGUUACUCAAUUCCACAAUUUAAAAAUGAAUGUCUGUCUUUUUUAUUUUUAAAUGGCCUGCCAGAGAGAAGUGAUUCAGCCUGUGCAUGGCAGUAGCAGUCACAUUUCCCCCCGUCCAGACCUCAGGCACUAAAACUCCAGAACCAUAGGAGUCAAAUUCCCUAAAAACAAAUUAUGCACACAGACCUGAACAUACUUCGGGUGGGUAAAAGCACCAAAGUGAUGCAAGUGACAAGUCCUAUUGAAUUUCAAUGGGAUUUGUGCUCCUAAAUCGUCUAGGUGAUUUGAAAAAUCCCACCCUUAAUGUAUUUAAUAAUAAAGGACAAAGAAGCACAAACCUGUUGUGGACUGAGAAUCCGUAGCUACUUUCUUAAAUUGCCCCAAAGUAUGUUAACUAAGUCUGGGUUUGUUUGUUUUUUUAAGACGUGUUUCAGUCUCUUUAAUUUUUAAAAGCAUUCAAACUGUUAGCCAUUUGUAGAAUACUGUCUAAUGAACGCUGUCACCUAGCAGAAUGUCAUGUUCGUGUUUUGCAAUUUAUGGACUCAAGAACUGGAUGAAAAAUGAUUGACAGAAUAAUUUAUUACCAAUAACAUUCUGCCUCCUUUAAAUCCAUCCCUUUUGCAACGCCAACUUAGAUAUCCCUCUUAUUCACUUUCUCCUCUAAAUUGUUGUAGAAUGUGGCUGUGCACUGUAAAAUGACUGCUGUGUUCCGCUUAGGAGGUGGCUGGAUUUUACUGGUGAGUUCAGUGAUCUAUGUAGAAGGGUAGGAACCUUUGGGAUAGAAAAUAUCAUAAAUGCAAUUGGUUGUAUUGUGAAGAAAUCCUCCUAGAUAUGAAUGAAAUUAAAUGUUAAUCCCAUUUUAGUCAAAGAAUCUUGGAUUCCAGAGGCUAAAAAAUCUGACGCCAUAGUUCUUGAAGAUGUUGCUGUCAUACUCUUUGUUUGUUUUUCAGAUUACACAAGCUAAGCAGAGGAGUAGGCUAUGGUCAGUGCUUGAAUGGGUGACCUCCAAAUCAGACCCCAAGUACUGGAGGAGGUGCAGUCAGCAAUUGAGUUAGGUGGCUUACUUUACUAAAAGUUACUUAUCUCUGAGUUCAUGCUGAAUGCAAUGCCCCAGCGUGGUGUGAGGCAUACUUAUCUGUAGGGUGUUGUCUUUCGGCUGAUGCGUAAACCUGUAUCAGCUAAACCAUGUAAAGUUCUCAUGGUACUUUUUGCAGAAGUAGAGUUAACUAGUGGUAUACUAAAUAUUAAUUAUCUGUUUGUGGUAGUGCCCUUUAGAUACUAGACGCUUUCCAAAAUUAUAGCACUGUCUUUGCAUUGAGGAGUUUACAAUCUACACAGCAAAAGAACACACACACAAGUUGAAGGGAAGGGAACGAUGUAGCAGUAAAGUGGUCAGGGUAGUAAGUGCUGAGAUUAGAUAAUAUAACACAGUGGUUUCUUUAGUUAAAAUGUAUAAUUUAUCUCCAGAUAUCCCACAACAAAGCCAUAAUUGGAAGGUUAGUUUCGUGUUUAAGUCCUUAUAGGAGAGGUCAGUCUUCAAAAGAGAUUUAGUACAGAUAAGGUAGUGGCCUUGGAGAUCAGUUCAGGAAGGACAUUUUGCGUACAGGAGACAGUAGAGAGGGCAGCACAAGGAUUCUUGUGUGGAGUGGACAUAGAAGACAUUGAGGCAGGACAAAGGGGCACUGAAACAAAAAGCAGCAGAUCAACAUGGGAAGAGUUAUGUAGGGCCUUAAAGGCAAAGACCAGAAGUUUGGGAGGAAGGGUAGCCUGAAGCAGGGCUUUUAGGAGAGGGAUGUGGUCAUCUUGGUCAAAGAAGGUCUUGGUAACAGAGUGUUAUGGGGACUACAUGGUGUCAGAGAUGUUAGAGAGAAGGAUAUAAUGAUCAGUGGGAGACUGAGGCCUUGAGCGACUGUUUCACUUGUGCAGAAAGAGGGAGACAGGAAGAGGUUGGAUUUGGAUACAGCCAGUGUGUGAGAGUCAAAAGAGAGGGAGAUGGGCAGAUAACUCCCAUAUUACAAGUGUGAGUGGUGGGGGGCUAGGGGGAGGAUGCCCAUAGAGACAAUGAAUAUAAGGAGAGGGGGGAGUUGGGGAGAAUCAGGGGUUCAGUUUUGUUAAACUUGAAUUUACAGCAUGCUCUCCAGGAGAUGUUGGAGGCAAGCUGAUGUAGGGAAGUGGCAGAAUGGAGACAAAUCAGGAAUGGACAUGUUCAGGCAUCUUGCAUAAAGCUGAUAAUUGAAGCCCUGCAAGUGGGUGAGAUCACCCAGAGAGAGAGUUUAAAGUAGGAAGAAGAAAUGCAAGACUUCAAAAAAAGAAAAAACA